CCCACCCAGUCCAGAUCCAUCCCUUUUAUUCAUUGCCACAUUUUCCCACACCAGAUAAAGCCUAUCCCACAACAAUAAGGAACUGUUAUUUCUGAGGGCAGGGAAAUUCUACCAUAAAACAACCACCUGUUGGAAUCCAAUCUUCAGAAGAAAGAAGUUUCAGUCCAUAGGAGAAGGACGCUAGAGAAGCAAGAAGAGUCUGGACUGAAAAGUGCAACCAAGACAACAGAGACAGAUCAGCAGGAAUUGGGGGGGGAGCAUCUGGAAAAGAAGAAGAGGAAGAAGAAUCUGCUGAGAAGCGAGCAGAGACAUUGUAGAACUUCAAGGAAGGGGAAGGAGAGGAGAGACGAUAAGGCUGCAAGAUGAGCAAUCCAGAGAAUGAGAAGACAUCUCAAAUGAAUGAACCUCCUUAUUCUGAACAGCAGCCUGAUCCGAUAAAAUCAGCUCUGAAUCCACCGCCUCCAAUGUAUGGGGCAUCUCCCUCUAUGCCAUACCAGUACCAAGCUUAUGCUGGACCUCCCGGUGCCGUACCUAUGCAGCCUCAACAAACCAUCUUCAUCACAAAUGUCCAGUCGGUCAAUGAACCAGAUUAUUUGGGCUACUCCAUCUUCACCCUCCUUUGCUGUUGCCUCCCCUUGGGCAUAGCUGCUUUGAUUUUCUCUAUAAAGACUCAAGGGGCCAAUCAACAGGGAGACAUCGCCUCUGCUAAGAGAUAUUCCAGACUGGCGCUCACCUUGGAUCACACGGCACUUGGACUGGGGAUUGCAUGGAUCGUUCUGACGAUUAUUCUGGUCAUUGUUUUCAGCACCGUAGCGGUCACAGUUCAUCAGAGCAACUGGGGAAAUUACAAUCCCUGAAGACACCGUAUUAUCUGAAAUGAUCUCUGUUCUUUUCUUUUUUUAAAAAAAAUUUUUUCUCUUCUCUUCUAAAAUAUUUUUACAUUCGUAUCCAAUAAUAUUCAAUGUACAGUCAUAUACAAUCAAUCGGGUCUGCCCGGCCACCACCCCUUCUUUUAAAUCUCUUCCCUUCUCUACCUUCUUCUACUUUCCACAACCUUCCUCACCUUCUCUUAUCUACAUCCUCUCCUCCCUCCCCCCUACUCUUUUCUUCUCCCUCUUCUAUCUCUCUUUCUUCCUUUCUCUUUCCCCUUCCUCCUCCUUAUCCUCCCUUCCUCCUCUUCUCUUUCCUACCUCCUUCUCUCUUCUCCUUUCUCCCUUUCCACCAUUCUGAGAUGGUAGCCGGGCAGACCCGACCUUACAUUAAUUAUACAUCUUCAAUCUUCCCUGUACAUUAACCAUCAAUCCAUUAAUCCAUUUUCUAUCCUCACCCCCCACUUUAUUACCCUCCCCCUUGCCCCCCUCCCCCACCCGAGACUUCCCAGAACAAAAUGCAGGAUAUCAAAACUAACAAUCAUAAUCCAGAAUAAAUCUUAAAUUAAAUGAUCUCUGUUCUUAAUACACAGAAGGAAAGUCAGAAAUCCAACUAUCCAAAAUGAAAACCAUAGUCUUUGAAUUAAUGUAAAUGUAAAUCAGGUAAAACUCUUGAGUGCAGAAUCUUACCGUAGGCCGGUCCUUUAGACUUCUCACUAGUUCACACAUGCUUUGCUCGCCACACCUAACAACUACCCCAUAAUACACUAAAGACAACAUUGGGCAGUCUGAAAUCCUAUUAAUCAAGAAUUCUGAUUCUUAUCGAUCCCCAGAUUGAAACAAUAGCUUGGGGAAAGCUAAAUGUACCAGUUUGGAGGCCACAUGUGAUGCAUUGGCUCAUUUGGGGAUAAACACUGUUGAUAUUAAAAUACACAUAAUCAGUUCUAAAUCUCAUUCAUAUGAAAUGGACUAGACGUGAGAACUGAAACCUACCACAAGGAUAUUCUUCAUAUUUUCUCCGGGACAAUCUUACAGAAGACAUUAUCUUUACACAUAAAACCCAGUGUUGUCAUAAAUCAAAAGUGAACAAUCAGGUACUUUAGGGCUUCGUGUAGCUUUCCAUAUCCUGACACACCUUUAACUCCAACUUGUAAAAUUUAAUGUGAUCAUAGGAAUAUCUCUGUCUCACCUUUCUGUAUCAUUGAUUUUAUUGUCACCCUGUUCUUCUUGUUGGAAAUUAUUACAUAUCAUCCAAUUAGCAUCUGCCCUUCUGUAAUUUGAUAACAUUAUUAUUCUGUGUACGGCACUGAUAUAAUACAAAGUGGGACUUUAUAAAAUGUAUGAAGUAUGAUUCUGUGAAGAAUUUUUGUUUGUUUGUUUAAGCUUAUGUAAAUUUAUUAUAUAAACUUACGUGAAAUAAAUGCUACUUUGUGUUGUG